AUGUCCAGUCAUAUCAAAGACGCCGCAAUGGCCGAGGCCAAAAGCGUUCAAGAAGCCUCCAAAGGUGUGCUUAAAUCUGGCGCGUACUUAUAUCCCUUCAAGGGUAUAAUCUUCUUUGCAACUCACAAAGAUCUCUGGGGCCCCUUUCUUGCUCGGGCUGGACGAACAGUCAGUCUCGGCCUGGGCGUGACGUCUUUCAUGUUCUUUUUCACUUAUGUACCGCAAAUGGCCGUCAUAGCAUUUACCAGUGGUCCUCUGGCUGCCAUAUCUGCAGGAUUACUGGUUCUCAGUGAGAGUGCCACCAUUACAAAUAUUUUAUCUCGAUCAUUCUUAGUCGAGGAUGCCCUCAUCGAUACUUUUGAUGGUACGCUUGUUGCGCGCGAUCAGGAAUCUCUGGUCGCGCAGGGUCGUCAAGUUAAGCCUCGGUCUGGAGGAAUGGAUGCUAUUGCAAGACUGGGGAAGGUAUUUUCUCGACCGUUCUCGAGUUUCAAACCAGAGGUGCUCAUACGGUCAUUGCUGUAUCUACCCCUGAAUUUGAUACCGGUUGUUGGAACGGUGAUUUAUGUAGCAGUCCAGGGUAAGAAAAUUGGACCAGUGCUACAUUCAAGGUACUUUCAACUCAAGGGUUGGAAUUCGAAGCAGCGAGAUGAAUGGGUUGAAAAGAAUCGAGCGUCCUAUACCGGACUCGGUAUUGCUGCAUUUGCUCUAGAGAUGAUACCAUUUGCCUCUAUUGUUUUCUCUUUUACAAAUACUGUUGGUGCUUCUCUGUGGGCAGCAGAUCUUGAGAAAGCAGCAAAAUAA